AUGAGUGAUGACAUAAUUCUCAAUCUAAGGCAAGUUGCAGGAACAUCAAACGUACAUUUUUGUGGUCCAAAUUUGCAACAAUACGUACUCUAUGAGAUAGAAAUGCUUCUUAAUUCAAACACAAGCUCCCGCUCCCUCGCGGAGUUUGGGCUUCCCAUGCCUCCUGACACCAUGGUCGCAGCCCUUAGAAACCGAUUGCUUAUGGAAGAAAGGUGUUAUGAUCUUGAGGCACUAGCUGCCCAGAAUAUUAUUAUGUUACGUGGUUUAAAUGAUCGGCAGCGAAAAAUAUAUGACAAGGUUCUUAAAUCUGUCAAUGACAAAGUACAAGUGCUUUUAUUUGUAUAUGGCCAUGGUGGUACAGGUAAAACGUAUUUGUGGACUGCUAUUAUUGCUGCUCUUAGAUCGACUGGAAAGAUUGUUUUGGCAGUAGCGGCAUCUGGAAUUGCAUCACUAUUAUUGCCAUCAGGAAGAACAGCCCACUCUCGAUUCAAAAUCCUGCUAGAUUUAACUGAUGACUCUCUGUGCAACAUAAAAAAACACACGCAACUUGCGCAACUACUCUUAGAAACAUCCCUUAUAAUUUGGGAUGAGGCACCAAUGAGCGAUCGCCGGUGCUUCGAAUCUUUGGAUAAAAGUCUCAGAGAUGUUCUUGGAAACCAAGAUAAACCAUUUGGCGGAAAAUCUGUUCUAUUAGGAGGAGACUUCAGACAAACACUUCCAGUCAAACCAAAGGCUUCAAAAGCAGAAAUCAUAGCAUCAUCACUACCAAAGUCUUAUUUGUGGGACAAAUUUAGCAUUCACAUGUUGACAGAGAAUAUGCGCUUGUCGCAAUCCAAUGCAACUGUCACUGAAAAAGAAGCUAUAACAUCCUUCUCCAAUUGGAUACUUGAUGUUGGGGAUGGCAAGAUAGGUGCAGUUGAUGAAGAAUCACCAUCCGAAUCAAAAUUCAUUGACAUACCUGCGCAAUAUCUUAUCCAAUCUGGAGAGAAUGGGCUGCGAGAGUUAAUAAGGUUCGUCUACGAUGAUAACCUGCUCAAAUUUCCUACAUCAAUUACUUUGUCCGAAAGAGCCAUAGCAUGCCCGAGAAAUGACACUGCUGAUCAGAUAAAUGACAUGAUACUCGCGUCUUCCCCCGGAGAAUGCUAA